GGGAGCGGGCGGCGGGCAUGGCCGGCACUGCGGGGCAGGGAGAGCGGGCGGGAGCCGUGCUGCUGCUGCGGGUUUCUUCCUGAUCAACGGCUUUAAAUGUGUUGGGGUUGUGUUUCUCUCUCACUUGUAAAAGCGCAGAAUUCAGGGAGGCUGUGUGUAUUUCUUUGCUGCGUUUAGGAGGCGUUGGUUUGGGUUGAACGCUGCCGUGUAACCGCACGGGUCUGGGGACGGGGAUGACCUCUGUCAUGACUCGCUUCUUAGGUUCAAGAAGAUCUGCACAAGCUUAAAGACAAAGUGAAAAAUAUCAGCUUGAAAGGAAAUGUGGAAGCUGAGGAUAUCAGCGACCUGGAAACAGCAAUUGAAAGAACUGAGUUUGGGCUGAGAGUAAGUAAUAUAGGGCAGAUCCAGAGGACGGCUCGUCUCUGAGAUCAGCGGCUGGACACACGGCCGUGUGCGGCUGUCCUGGAGCCCCUCUCUGAGCGGUGAAUGGUAGGAUUGAUUGCACACUGUGGUUCAGUACCGUGGCUUCCCUUUGCUGGUGUGCUCAGAAUUGAUUGUUUUGCGUUUCUUAGCUUUGGCCAAAAUCUGAUUGAGUCCAACAGAAGCACAAAGCCUAUCAACUUUUCGGUCAAGGGAGGAUCUAGUUUGCUAAGUUAACGCAUCCCUCGUACUUUUGUAAUUGUCUAAACCUUUUUCCCCUCUGGCAGAAACAUGCUGAAAACUAUUUAAGUGCUGUAAGCAGAGAAGUGUUAACUAUUUCUGCUACUGACAAUGAAGAAGUACGUUCCAAACAGCCCCCUGAAUGGGGCCUUCAAUGUGGUGCUUCUGAGAACCAGCUGGUUUUACCACCGGUGCCCGUUGAGUCCAUGACUGCCCAGGCAUGCAGCAGAGCAGCACUGCGCCUUUCUCCAGGCUCACAGAAGCAGCUGGAAAUGGAUAUGAAGGUUAUGCUUGACCCAGAAAGCAUCAAUAAGAAAGCUGUUUUGAAACAAAAGAGCUAUGAGACCAGGCUGCCACGUAUAACUAAGAAAAAACCUGCUCCUGACUUCUCUGUGUCUUCCCAGACACGUAGUCAGAAGGGAGUGAAGCGUCAAACCAGCAGCCAGCUUUGGGUUUUGCCUGCCUCUCAUCGUGUGGACUCUCCCUUACCCCUGUUAGAAGAAGAUAUGAAGAAAGAUAUUCUGAGCCUAACUGAACGAAGGCUUAUCCCUCCAGCAGCAAAGAUAACUCUCCAGACACCUGUUGUAUCCAAAGCAGCUCCUCUCCAUGAAUUCCACAGGCAGCGCAAGAAGUCAGCUGUAGGACAGAUUAGUAGUAAGGUGGAACCGGUGAGUACAGACGCUUCCACCUUUCCAAGCUCAAAGGAAGCAACUGGCAGCUCAUACUCCUCUAGCAAAGGUAAGACUGCAUCACUGCUACCCAGCAGCUCCCUGGAUUCGACCAGAAAAUCAAAGCCAGCGCAGGCAUACCCGGCUCAACAGCUUCAGUGUGAGCUGCAGGCUGCACAGACGCAGGAUCCAUCUCCUGACUGCAACAUUGCUGUUUGCCACGGCACUAUCGACCAGACUGCUCCAGGCUUUCUGGCAUUCAAACAACGUCAUUGUUUGUCCUGGGGGAGCAUUGUCUAUUUUUUGGAACGCACAGAGAAGCUUCUCCAGGCCUACGCUGUACCAUUGGCUACAAUAAGCUGUCAGAAGUUGGUGGAAGCGGCAUCGGACUUUGUGCUUAACGAGAACCCCACCAAAAGUGACAUACUGUCAGUGAUAGAGAAUCGAUCGACUGUGGAAAGGAUUUUAAACCGACCUGGCCAAAGAUACAAAGGCCAAGGGGGUACUGAAAUGGCGGCUGUGAAGAUCCAGGCAACGUGGAGGCGUUACCAGGCCAGGACAGCCUACGUCCGCUUCAGGCAGCAGCAGUGGGCAUCAGGUGUGAUUGCCAUUUCUUGGCUCCUGCACAAUCACAUGGCACGUGUGAAAAAGACCCUGAAGGAAUCACGUCAGAGACACCUGGAGAAUUUUUACAUCAGGGCCAAGCAUCUGGCAGCCAACUGGAAUCGCAUCAGGACCUCCAGGAGGACUAUUAUCCAUAUCCCAUCAUUAGGAUAUUCCCAGUGCAUCCGUGAACAUAUUCCAGAUCUUGCUCUUCAACAGAACUUGCAGCUGGGGAGGCUGUGCGACAUCCUGGAUGCCAACGUGGACGUCAUCUACAUCUGCCCCCUUCAUCUGAGCGAGGAGUUACUGCAGUAUUACAAUAAACUCCUGGGUCUGCAGGCAGCUGUUAGAUCUGGGAACCCUGAGGACAUGAGUGACCUGCAGGACAGGUUCAAAAUUCUCACCCCUGAAGCUAUAAACAGCUUCCCUAAGCAUCACAUGUGCCUAGCCACUCAGCUGAAGUACAGUCCCAAGACAAUCCAAAGAAUAAAAAUCCUUAUCCAGAGUAGAGACGCCUACAUUAUCGGAGGGGUUCCCCACAAAGAUGAUCUAGCAGUGGCUGACAUGUUAAAUGUGCCUAUAUUGGGCUCAGUGCCAGAAGUGGCUCAUCUCUAUAGUACCAAGUCUGGAAGUAAACGAAUUUUUGCCAGUGCUUGUGUGCCAACCCCUCCUGGAGAAUCUGACAUCUACAGCCACGAACAGCUGAUCAGUGCUCUCAGCCAGCUGGUUGUGGACAACAUGGAAGUGCAGCGCUGGCUGUUUAAAAUGAAUGACGAAUCUGGAGGAAAUGGCACUGCCUUCUGUGAUAUUAUCUUACAUUUGGAGUGCUACCACUGGGUUCUAAAGGAACGUCAGAAGCACAGCCCUGAGACAUGGAGUAAGAAGUGGGCACAUGAGCCAGCUUUGGUGAAGAUCUCCCAGGAGCUGCCGGGCCUUUUAGCACAGCACGUACAGCCAGUCAAUGAGAAACGAUUCCCUACAUGGGAAAAAUUCCUCCAAACAUUUCUUAGUCAAGGUGGUGUGAUAGAAGCCUUCCCACUCUCAGAAAAUGUCACAAACCUUACAGUGGAUAUGCUGAUAGAGCCGACGGGCGACAUAAAAGUAGUGUCGUCAGGAGACCAGCUCCAUGCUGACGGACCUCUGCGAUCAUCUGGCACUACCAUUCCACAAAGUUCUGUUGAUCCAGCAGUUCUUAAUUCACUCUGCUUAAAAAUUGGAGAAGCCUGUAAAUCGAAAGGAGUGCUUGGUUACUUCUCAGUUGAUUUUGUGACUUUCAUCCAUCCACAAACAAUGGAACAGCAGGUAUGGGCAACAGACCUUGACCUUUGCUAUAGUGACCAGCUGGCCUUGACUCAGCUCACGCUCUAUGUGUCAGAUGGAAACAUGGAUUGUUGCUCUGGCCUUUCUGAAGUACCUCUUGGUUCAAGGAAAAUGAAAAGCCAAUGCACUCAGCUCAAGGAGACAAAAACACUUUCUCCAGGAAGCAGCCGCUGUGCAGUAGCAAGCAGUCAGCUGAGGCACUCCAGUCUUUCAGUCAUCUACUACAGUGUUCUCCUCCAGAUGUGUAAAGCUCAUGGUAUUGGAUUUGACCUCCAGCAAAAACAGGGAACUGUUUUUAUAUUGUAUGACGAUCAGAAGCGAUGCAGAUUGGGAAUGAUAACAAUCGGAGAGGAUCUCCAGGGGGUCCUCAUGACCUUUGCUCGCAAUCUCUUCAUCAUCCAUCAAGAAAUAUCAGCACCUAAUAUGCAAGGCGAGACCAAUUUUAAGAUGGCAAUUCAGGAUAUUGAAGCAAUUCUAGGAGUUACAGCAGAAAACAAACUGAAAUUGGAAGAAGAGCAUCCUUCAAAAGCAGAUGCUCUGAAAGAAUAGUUAACAGAAGAUGUUUAAGUGCUCUUUAUACUUCUGGAAAUGCUUUCUCAUCUGUAAGAACAGGUUUGGUUUUCCUUCUGCACUGGCAUGUGAAUGUAACCUGGGACAAUAAGUAUCCAUGAUUUUUGAAUACAGUAAUUACAGAAAUAGCCCUUAUUUCACAAAAUAAUCUAUUCAAAAACAGAGAAUCAUAGUAAAUGUCCCUAAUAUUCAUAUGGUGAGUCCUGAAAUAUAGUAUUUGUUUUUAAAACCUUAUUAGUAGAAUCAUGGACUCUAAAGGAGAGGAGAUGAUCUACUCUGACCUACAUGCCACAUAUAUAUUUGUACUUUUACCAAGCCUACAACUUAAAAUGGUCUUAUUGUAUCUUCAUGAGCUACCUUCCAAGAUAGGUUAAUGGAGGCAGACAGUCUGCUGUAUCCCUAGCUAAUCCCCCAGUGAACUGUCCUUAAAGCCAUUGCCUCGCACUUAGUCUGAAUUUGUUUGACUUCAGCUUCCAGGAUUGGAUCUCGUUAUGCUCCUGUCUCAGAAAAUGAAGAACUGUUUGGUGUAAAAUCACACGUUUCUGUGGAACAAACCUUUUUGUUCCUAGACUCAAAAUUCCUAAGUGAGAUUUGCUUUGCUAAUAUUCCCAUAGAAGUGGUGUACCCAGACCUCAUGAAGUAUUCCAGUAAUUUUGUCUCUGGUGUUAUAAAAUGAAAAUGCCAUUCUCUACAUUUUACUGCUUCCCUGCAUGUAUGUUGAGAUACCAUCCUAUGUUUGUCACUAAUCAGAUCACCAGAUCAUUCCUGAUUGAAAACAGUUCUGGGAUCCCAAACUCCCUUUUGAACCUACUGUCUACUAAAAUACAGGCUUCCAACAUAGGAGUAAGUUCUGGGUUCUUCUACCUGUAAAUAAUUUACUUCAUUGCUUUCUUAUCUAGAAGUCUAGCAUCUCACGUUCCUCUUUAGAACCAAACAUCUUUAUUGCUAUCAUUCCUGCUUUUGCAGCAGUUAUUUUAUGCUGUUUCAAAUUAUGAAAAAUAAUAGCAAUAACAUUGGUGCAACAGUAGAUUCUGAGAUUCACGUUUGUACUAUAAUUCCCAGUAUGCUGUGACUUUUGCAGACCUCUUCAUCAGAUAUAUUCUGUAUUUCAGAUACUGCUGACUUUUUCAUCAGAAUUAUUGUGUGUUGUUAUAUUGAGAACAACUGCUACAUUUGUACCUGUGUCCAUCAGAUCCGUAACCUUAUCCCAAAAGAAAACACAUUCUAAAUUAUACUGUAGAAGAGCUCAUCUUCCUCCCUUGGAUGCUUAUUAUUGUAUUAUGCAUGGCAAAUAUAUCUGGACUUACUGCCCAAAAACCUCAGGCAAAAUCAGUUUUGAGACAAGUUAUGAAUGUGAGCAAGCAAUGAGAGAUCAGCAUCUACUUUUUCCAGUGCCUCUGAGUCUUUGACCUAUCAGUUUCACACACAGCCUUUUGUGUUAACAUUUUUCUCUUCUUACUUAGUCACAGAAGUCAUUCCUUGCAGAUGGGUUUAAACUAAAAAUCUAAGCAUAUUUUUGUUUAAUUCUUGUUUGUCCUUGUACCUUAUUUGACAUCAUCUCAAUGUUGUCGUUUUUUUUCCACAGAAAUUUUACACAAAUUUUUGUAAUGUGAAAUUUAACAGUGAACAUACUUCCUAGAAGUUUUCGUAGUUAGUAAUGACAACAACAUAGGUCUUUUUGGCUGUGGAAGGCAUAGCAGUGAUCUCUCAUUUGCCAAGAAAUACUUUGCCCAGAAAACAUAGUAUAAUUUCUCAUUUGUUCUUCCAACAAGAUGAGAUGUUUUUGUUCUGUGUUCUUCUUUGACAUGCUACAGACUAAUGUGCGUUUCUUACCUUCUCACUGCAUUCAUAAUACAUUCUUUUCUGUUUUAGUGCCAAGAUACUCUUCAAGGAUUUUUCACCUAGCUUGAUCUCCAAGCUCUAUUAAUGUCCCAGUUUGAAUACAAUUUAAAAAAAAAAGAAAGAAAAAGCAGAAACCUGGGGUAGGAGGUAUAGAAGAACUGUAUACUCCUAGGUAUCAGCCUAGGAGUCAGCUAGUUUCUUAAGGGUUAAGGAAAAUUAAGCUUUGAUCCAAGCCAGAACAACAUAAGGUCUGAGAGGCUCAUUAGUUCACUGGCACUUAAUAGACUUCAGUGUCCUAGGAGUAAAUGAAACCUGUACUUCCUUAUGUCUUUGUUCUGUUCUGACAAAAGACAACUGUACCUGUUUUUGCAGAGGACAAGUGAUCUGAAAGUUCCCGUGGUGAGAGAGAUUUCUCAGCAUGUGCAAAGUGUGAAAUGUAUUUCGAGGAAAAAAGUUUUUAAUUACUAUUAACACUUCUGAGUGUUGAGCUGAUGGAUGGAUUGAAAAUGCUUCACAGUCUCUCACAUUCAACUCCCAUGCUGCUGGUGCCAAAAGUGUAUUAUUAUUUUUUUUUAUAAUACAACAGCUAUAAACUGAAAUCAUCAUCUUCCAAAAAGAAGUCAGAAAUAUAGCUAUUAUUCUCCUGUUCUGACUAUGGAAAUAUUUAUUUCCAUGCCCAGAGUUCUUGAACCAUAGCAAGAAUUUUAGCAGUAUUUAGAAUAGGAUCUAUACUAGGAAGAAACACAGCAAGUGGGAAAUGUGGGAAUCAAGAGAUAAAAGAUGACCCAGGCAUAGCUGCUCAUCAGCAAUUGCCAAAGAAUUCUGCAGCUAAUAACAGCAAAAGCCCAGGGUGGUUCCCCAGCUGCAAGGUGCAGAGGAAUGCUUGUGGAAGAACAGGAGGGGCAGUGGGGCUGGGCAUCAGCUGCAGAAGACAGACAAUUAAAAUAAAGGUAUCAUGCUUUCAGUGGGCGAGGGCUGCAAAUGAAGACAUGCAUUCAGUUGAUAGCAUUUCAUGAAUCUCAACAGCUUUUUAAAAUUACAUCUGUGUUAAUUAUGGUUGUGCAAGAACUGACAGACUGUAGCUUAUGUUCUCUCCCCACCAGUAUGCACAAUGCACAAAGCACCAACCUGUCUCAUGUCUGUGUGAAAUCUUGUCACCUCCAUGCACAGGGCUGUUGUUCCUGUCCUGUAGAGCGUUCCUCAGAUCUUAGACAUUGAAGCAGUGGCCAACACAUGACCAUCGUUUCUGUAGCUCUUGCUGUUGGCUUUGACGUUAAUGAUAGCUCAGCUGCUGUGCGCUACUCUGUAGUUUGCUUGGGAAUACUCCUUGCUGUAAAAGCUCUGCUUCUUUGCGAUUGACUACACAGACAUCUGGAGCUGGAGAGUGCAUCUCAGCAGCAGAGGAAUACAACAGAUAGGAAACCUCCCAGUUCCUUUAAAAAAUCUGGUCUUUAAAAAGUAAGUUUAGGAGAAUUUGCGGCUAAAAAGUAACAAAUCCCUGGAAAUGUAAGAUGUAAAAAAGGCACUACCAGAACUGCCUGACUACAUCAGAAUCCAACACGGACAGAGACCUUAAUUGUGAAGCUAAAUGUUAAUGGAAGUCUUUUGACAGCAUGCUCCGUACUAGACUAACUCCAUCUUCACCUUUAAGGAAUUGUCAUUCUGGUCCUGAUUCUGGAGUACUGUCAAGCAGGCAGUGUUUUGCUGUGCACUGGAAGAUGCAGGUGGUCCUUCACCCCAUCUGCAGAACACAUUGUCUCAGCAAGGAUACAGCCGUGUUCACUCAACCAGCAAGAAGUUCUGCUGCUGGAGCUGAAGAAUUCUCCCUUUGUUUAUUUUUAACAGCAAAGUAUUGUGAAAUAACUCCUUUAAAAACCCCAAGUAACUGUGAUGAGGUAUGCUGGUUGGAUAGGCAGUGUAUGCUCACUGAGUAACCCUGAGGUCCCUCUCACAAUGUAACACAGCUUUGCCCUUCACCUCAGCUCCCACCCCUCCCACUGCUGCUGCUAAUAAAGAUAGAUACCAAAGGGAGCUCUAUGCUCUAUUAAUUAUGGGAGGUGAGUUUGAUGAUUAUUAAUUACUGGUCCCACAGACACAUAGCGCAUUGUAGUAAAUAAACAGGGCGCGUUGUUGGUAGUAAUUCAUGAAUAGCUCAACGAUUUAAGACUGCUGAGCGUGAAAUAGUCUCUCUGUAAUUAUUUAAAGGAAAAGUCUGCCGCUCUUCUGUACAAUUUUCCUCAAGCAGAACGGCUGUCGGUUCAAACCCCAGCUUUUAUUGAGGUACAACAGGACACCACGCGUCUGACGCCGCUCCUCACAGCACUGCAGCGCGCCGCCCCUCAGCGCCUUUUCCCG